AUGUCGUUCCGGUUACAUCUCAUCCGACACGCAGAGGGAACCCACAAUCCCGCCCACGACACAACCAUUCUAGAUCCGCCAUUGACAGAAAAAGGAAUCGAACAGUGCCUUAAACUCUGUCAAGAAUUUCCGUUCAAGGAUAGUGUUGGUCUAGUGCUGGCAUCUCCACUCCGACGCACUCUUCAAACAGCCCGUUUGGGCUUCCAAAAAACUAUCGAUGAAAAGUAUUACGCCCAAGGCUCCGGGGUAGGAGUUCAGAAUGGUGCGCGCCUUGUUUUAGAGCCAGAUGUGCAGGCACACUCCGCUCGACCAUGUGAUACUGGCUCAGACAUCGCUGUUUUACGCUCGGAGUUUUACGAUCUCCCAUGGGAAAUCUUGGAUUUGGAUCCUAUAUUCCCGGCAAAGGAAGGGAUUUAUGCCAGUGAUUCAGAGAGCCUGGAACUGCGUGGAGCACGAAUCCAGGGGAGAUUGGAAGAGAACUUCAAAGAACUAAAGGACAGCGGAAGACCGGACAUUGUCGUUGUUACACAUGGCGGAUUUUUGAGCUCUGUUAUCGGCCAAGAGAGAACAGAAGUCGGACAGGCAAGAUGGAAGACUUUUAUAGUGACAUUUGAUCAGGACUCGAGAAUUGUUGUGGAAUCGGCUUUGGGAGAAAGUGGAAGACUUUGA